AUAUCUCAGUAUAUAACUGGUGUCGCAAACAGCAUGCAAUAUACUUUUUCUUUCUCUGCAUGCUUAUGACGUUUAGGUGGUAGUCGUUGCAGCGGAGGAUGAAAGCAACAUGUCACAAUAGUGCUUUGCCUACUGCCUUGACAUGGCGAAAGGGGCAUUAUGUUGGUGGUUCAGCACUUCAACAUUGCAACUAUGCGCGCUCACGACGACGCAGCAUCUUCGCAGCCAGCAGCGUGUCCGUUGGAAAAACAAUACCACGAUCAGCAAUUAGACGGACGUCAAGCGAUUGUUCGGUCGUCGUGCAUGACCUACGUCUCCGGCUGGGGCAGCCGAAUGCUAAGCGAGCUGUGCUGAACGGCGUGGACUUACAAGUCCGGCGUGGCUCUUUGCACAUGUUGCUCGGGCCCAACGGAUGCGGCAAGUCCACCCUGCUGAAGGUGCUGGGCGGAUUGCUCGUGCCGGACAGUGGACUUAUCGAUGCCGACCAGCCUAGCGGGUUUGUUUUCCAGAACCCCGACCACCAGGUCGUUAUGCCAACAGUGGCAGCAGACGUGGCGUUUGGGCUCGGGCGGUACCAACUCUCUGAAAGCGAGGUCUCAACAGCUGUCAGGUCGGCGCUGCGUCUCGUCAAUCUUGAGGAUUUCAUGUAUCGGGCUACCCACACCCUCUCAGGAGGUCAACGCCAAAGGGUAGCUAUCGCCGGCGCUCUUGCCGAAGACCCAAAGCUCUUGCUGCUGGACGAGUUAACCACCUUCCUAGACCGUGAGGACCAGUUUGGAGUGCUACAAGCGGUGCGCAGCAUUGCAUCAGCUCGGAAUGACGUGACUGCCAUUUGGGUAACGCACAGGUUCGAGGAGCUCCAAUAUGCAGACGCAGCGA